CACCCGCGCAUGCUCCUAGCGCGGCGCCCCCGAUUCGGCGCUCGGCUCUGCUCGGGCAUUUCCGCCUCUUUGUUUUAAACUCCGGACGGCUUUUUUCUCCUCCUCUGGGGGGGGACCCGGAGGGAGCGGCGCCCCCUCCCCUUCCCGGCGAGCCCCCGCGUGCGCCCGCUCGCCCGCCGCCCGAGACGCAGGCUUCACGAUGUAGCUGGAACUCUAGGCUGUCAUUCGCAGAAAAUGGAAAAAGAGCCAGGGCCAGAAGGAAGGUGCAGAAGUGAGCCUGAGUGCAGAGUGAGGAGGGAUCGCCGCGUCCUUGUGGGGGCGCCUGAGGGACACGCAGACGGCCGGCGUUGGUGAGGCCCAGUGCUCCGUCAGUAAGAAGCCAAAGAUGUUGACCAGGAAGAUUAAGCUCUGGGACAUAAAUGCCCACAUCACGUGCCGCCUGUGCAGCGGCUACCUCAUCGAUGCAACCACGGUGACUGAGUGUCUGCACACAUUCUGCAGGAGCUGCCUGGUGAAGUACCUCGAGGAGAACAACACGUGCCCCACGUGCAGGAUUGUGAUCCACCAGAGCCACCCGCUGCAGUACAUCGGGCAUGACAGGACCAUGCAAGAUAUUGUUUACAAGCUGGUUCCAGGCCUCCAAGAAGCGGAAAUGAGGAAACAGCGGGAAUUCUACCACAAGCUGGGAAUGGAGGUUCCAGGCGACAUCAAGGGGGAGGCGUGCUCUGCAAAACAGCAUCUAGACGCCCGGAAUGGUGAAACCAAAGCAGAUGACAGUUCAAACAAAGAAACAACAGAAGAGAAACAGGAAGAAGACAAUGAUUACCACAGGAGUGAUGAGCAGGUGAGCAUCUGUCUGGAAUGCAACAGCAGCAAACUUAGGGGCCUGAAGCGGAAGUGGAUUCGUUGCUCGGCCCAGGCAACAGUCCUGCACCUGAAGAAGUUCAUUGCCAAGAAGCUCAACCUCUCCUCCUUCAAUGAGCUGGACAUUUUAUGCAAUGAGGAAAUCUUGGGCAAGGACCAUACCCUCAAGUUCGUGGUUGUCACCAGGUGGAGAUUCAAGAAGGCGCCCCUCUUGCUGCACUACAGACCCAAGAUGGACUUGCUGUGACCUAGCAGUCUCGGCGCCCUCGGGGCUCCGUGCGGUGACCCUGCUAUGGAAUGUCACCUCUUGGGUGUCAUGCGGACCAGAUUUCUGAAUAGAGAAUAUUUAUAACUUUUGUAUGAGAGAAUCCACACCCGAGACACUACCAGCACGCGUUUACAGAGGAUGAAGACACUUGGCAGUUCUGUGUGACCGCGCACACUCGUCUCUGCUUCGUCCCCAGGCCGGAGGGCGAGUGCAGCGCGACCUGCUUCCGCCACCUCGCCCCUCACUCUCGCCUGCUGCCCAGGUCAUGAACCGCUGACUUCGUAUUGGUUUAAGUCAUGGAUUGGGUUUCCUGACGGGCCUCAAAAAUACUUGUAUUUUUAUCGCAUCCUUCCUAAGUUAUUGAAAAAGAGCCUUUUCAUGGUAAAUAAUAUUUAUGUUGCCUUUAGCUUCCUGAAACUUAGAAGAUAUAUAAAAAUUUAAUUUAAAAGCAUACCCAAAGAGGCUUGCAGUAAUACUAUGAUUUAACCAUGGUGAUGAAUUUCCACCUUGUAGGAUAUAGCCAAGGCCUGCGCUGUGUCCUGGGCCGGCCUGAGCAGCCAGGUGGGCAGGGCUCCUUUGUCACCCCACAGCAAGAUUCCAGCACGCUCGGCAGGGCAGACCAGAGUAGCGCUGGCUUGCAGAAGAGUUCCUGGUUUAGAAAGGGCCCAGAUGCCUGGAGUCACCAUCCGUGUUCCUAGCUCUCCCUUCCGUUCUGCUGCCGGUGCGCCGUGGCAGUGGCUGUUUGGUGCCUGCGGACAGAGCCCAGCCCGUGGGGCCACGCCUGCUGGUGUGCCCCUGUGCCAGGCUUGCCCUCCGGCCAGGGGCAAGGGCGAGGGUGGUGUGUGCGCUUCGUGGCUCGGCUGAGUGCUGCAGGACGGGCCGGGCAGGCCAGGCCGCUUGGCUCUCACAGGCAGGCGGCCCUUUGUUAAGCCCUCUCACCUCCCAGUGUAAUUGGGUUCAAUUUUUAAAUUGAAUUAGAGGAUCAAAUCGUUGCCACCACGUGGAUGUUUGUCCCUCAUGGCAGAGACGGUAUGGGGCAGGAGAGCAGAGGAGAGGCGCUUUUCUGUGGUGGUUGGAGUCCCGUGGGAAGCUGCACUGAGCACUACUUCUUGAUGAUCUGUGGGCUGGAUUCUUCCCUUCCUUCCCCAGGCCCUGGGCAGAUGGCAGAUGGCCCCCAAGGGGCCCACUCAGCCCACUGCCCUCCAGCAAUUGCUGGGUAGACAGAGGGCCCCAGUGUGUCCAUGAGUCUUCACCAUAGCCACUGGAAUUUCUUCUUCAUUUGCUUUGAAAGUUGGUUGGGCUUGCGACAGCUAGUUUCGUUUCCUUUUCACGUACACAAAAUGUUAGAAGCAGCAACUGAUGAGACUUAAGGUCAGUGAUGAGGAAAUGUCCAAAUUAACUCAUCCAAGCAAUCUUCAAUGUGAGGCCUUUCUUAAAAUAAAAACAAGCUCUUUGUUAGUAAUUGGUCAAAAUUCACCUCUUUAUUUAAGCCCAGGACUCUCUGGAUUACUCAGUUUCCUGAGCUUGCUAUUCAUCCAAAUCGUUUCUAGAGUUACUUACUAUAUAAGGGUUUAUGAGUAAAUAUUACCUGUCUACCUCAAAACACAAGACACUGCUGAAGUACCCGGCAGGACCCUGUUCUCACAGUGCAGCUGAAGAGUACCAUUAGGUUUAGGUGUUUUCUGUAUGGUGAAACUAAAGGAUUAAAUGGUUAGGAGCCUCCAAAUUCAAAUAAAGAUAAUUUACAGUUCUGAUCAAAUGUAGUAUGGCUGUAUAAUCUCAUGACAUGCAUUUGUAACUUUGUAGCUACCUUUGGAAUCACUUGACUUUGCUAUGGUGCUAAGUUGACAAAUCUAAGUUGUGCAGCAGUGCAGACCUCCCGUCUGGGCGCUGCCCCUCACAGCCCUGCUCUGUCACCAUGUUAACCUGAUAAACCUCAGCAGCAAAAGUACCUAUUUUUCUAAGAUUCCAUCACACACCUGGCUGCACUUGCAGGUGUCUCCCGGUGCCCUCUGCCCUUUGGUCUGACCUGUAGCCUUACCUCGCUUGGAGACAAGCAGAGUGAACCUGUGUCUGAUGGAAGCUUCGGGCCGCCUCUUCACCCCUGCCGAGCUCCAUGUGACAGCAUGAGUUCCAGGCCCUGUUAGCGAUUGGUCCUGUUGAGUUUCCCAGCAGGCCUAGCUCCUUCGAAGUCGUUUUCACAGCUGCCGUACAGGAAGCCCGGCGCUGCCGGAGGACCUGCAGGCCCUGGUGCCGGUGCCGGUGCUGGUGGCGGCGGCCGUGGGACCAGCCUCCCAGCACUGGUCUCGCCAGACACCAUUUUCAUGAAAAUAGAACUCAGAUAGAAUAUAUAAUAUUGAAUUUAAGAUUUGGGGGGUUAAAAAAGAAAACUUUAUAAAAUUAUUUAUUCUAUUUUAAGCCUUCUAUCAUAUUUUCCCAUCCAAUCGUUUGGUUUCCGUGGUCCAGCUUUAUUUACAGGCAUAUAAAAUGAAAUUGUGAGAUGUUUUGCAAGCUUCUUUUACUUUGUGUAGCCUUCAUAUGUUUUUAUAGGGAUGAAGAGCAUUUUUAUGCUUUUGUGCAAUAGGUUCCAACAUGCAUUUAUUAGAUGUGUUUUAAUUGUGAUCUAGCAUCGAUUCUACUAAACUGAAAGGGAAUAUAGGUGGAAUUUCAAAUUAUGUGUAUUCAGCUGUUUGGUUUUCUUUUUCGUUGUUGUUAUAAGAAUGCGGUAUUGGGCCGUGUGCAUGAAUACUUGCCAGCAAUAUCCUGAAACAAGCAGCCAGGCUUACCUAGGUCCUGGUGCCGGAGCCUGUGUGCGCAUAGCCAGGCCACCCUGGGGUGUGGCCUCAGCCCACAAACCUAGUGGCCUUCCUUCAUGGCUAGCGGGCUUGAGGCCUGGCUUUGUGUCAGUCUUUGGAGAUUGGUUUGUUUCUCAGGGCUGAACGGCCUAGGAGCGAGCCAACAGAUUUCUACAUAGUACGUAGAGGUUGAGUGUGCUCCCAAAGCAUUAAAAAUAAAUAGAGUGCAGAUAGCUCAAUCACACAGAACAACCAAUGUCUGUUUCCUCAGGAAAUCAUGUAAGCCCCACAUCACAUGUGACCUUACUCAAAAAUAAGGUUAUUUCUCCACCUUGAUACUUAAAUACACCACAUGAAUCGACCGCUGUCUGUAGUUUGAAAACUGACACUUGUUUCACACUCUUUGCACACUGCUCUCCCGCCAGGCCAGGACCGGAUCACGGGGGUGGGGGGCUGGGCUGUUCACUCUCAUCCCUGCCACUCCCAAGAGUGCACUGAGGAGUGUGUAGCUUUGCGUAAAUGUCUACAUCCCAGCUCUCAGCUGGGCUCCAGAUGUGUUUCCUCGGUGAAAAUACGUCCAGCCAGGGACGGUCCCGUGAACUAUCGCCUCAGAAUGGUGAGCAGAGGAAAACGCCACAGUAUUGAAAAGGAUGAUGCAGAUACAGAUUCUGAUGUUUGAUUUGAAAGUUUACAUUUUUUAUGCUUGUGUUGGUGUGUGAUUUUUGUACCAUCGGUGGCUAGUUUUUGUCUAAAUCUUUUUUGGAAUAUUGCUUAAUGUUUUGAUUUUAUGAUAGUGAAGCUUGUAUUCAGUGUUUUGCCAACUAAUAUUAUAUGCUUGUAAUAAAAGCAGAAGAAAAACUUGA